CGAUUCCUUUUCACCCCGGAAUACGUCUCUCUCUCUCUCUCUCUCUCUCUCGCGCGUCAGCUUCCAAGUCCACUCGCCGGCCAAACUCUCGCCGGAAUCCUCUGUGAUCUCGCGGGGUUCUUUGCGUUUCUCUCUCUGUUCUCUCUACUUUCGCUUCCCCGACGGUGUCUCUUUUCUCAUUCGUUUUGUCACGUCCUUUCUUCUGUCCUUGCGUUUUCCUUCGCAGCACCCGAGGGUUGUGUUGAAUUUCGCUCUUGUCGUUUCCGAAUCAUGUUCUUUCUUCCGUAAUUUCGAUCGAUGGAUGACUACUUGGUUGACAAGGAGGAUUCUUAUUACUCCUCCGAUCAAGAUUCCCUUAACGGGCUGGAUAUCGAUGAUUCCGAUUUUCUUUUAGCGCCAGCCAGAGAACCCACUGCGAAGGUUAUUACGAAGGAAUCGCUUCUGGUGGCACAGAGGGAGUUUAUGCGAAGGGUGAUGGAUUUGUUAUCGCUUAAGGAGCACCAUGCUCGGACUCUUCUUAUUCAUUACCAGUGGGAUGUGGAGAAGUUGUUCUCUGUUCUUGUCGAGAGAGGGAAGGAUGACUUGUUUGCUGCAGCUGGUGUCUCUGUUGUUGAGCGUCAACAGGACAAUUCAUCCUUGUCCCCUUGUACAACAAUGGCUUGUGUUAUCUGUAUAGAGGAUGUGCCGGGUGAUCAGAUGACGAGAAUGGACUGUGGCCAUUGCUUUUGCAAUAAUUGUUGGACAGUGCAUUUUACUGUGAAGAUAAACGAAGGUCAGAGCAGAAGGAUUAGAUGCAUGGCUCCUAAGUGCAAUGCUAUUUGUGAUGAAGAUGUUGUCAGGAGUUUAGUUGGUAAAAGCCGUCCAGAUCUUGCUGAGAAGUUUGAUCGGUUUCUUCUGGAAUCAUACAUUGAAGAUAACAAGAUGGUGAAGUGGUGUCCAAGCACUCCGCAUUGUGGGAACGCCAUACGGGUCGAGGAUGACAAGUUGUGCGAGGUAGAAUGUUCCUGCGGUUGUCAGUUCUGUUUCAGUUGUUUGUCUGAAACCCACUCCCCUUGCUCUUGUUUGAUGUGGGAACAAUGGAGAAAGAAGUGCCGGGAUGAGUUAGAGGCAGUUAAAUGGAUUACAGUUAACACUAAGGCGUGUCCCAAAUGUGGCAAACCUGUGGAAAAGGACGGUGGAUGCAAUCUCGUGACGUGUAUUUGUAGACAAUCAUUUUGUUGGUUAUGUGGUGCAGCUACUGGGAGGGAUCAUACUUGGUCUAGAAUCUUGGGUCAUAGUUGCGGUCGGUACCAAGAAGACAAAAAGAAACAGAUGGAGAGAGGAAAAAGAGAUACUUAUCGGUAUAUGCAUUACCAUAACCGAUACAAAGCACAUAUCCAUUCCUUGAAGCUGGAGAGUAAACUUAAGGAUACUAUCCUUGAGAAAGUGUCAAUUUCAGAAGAGAGGGAGUUGAAACUUAAGGACUUCAGCUGGGUUACCAAUGGACUCCACCGGUUAUUCAUAUCAAGGCGAGUUCUUUCAUAUUCUUACCCUUUUGCAUUUUACAUGUUUGGAGAUGAGCUGUUCGAAGAUGAGAUGACGUCUCAAGAAAGAGAAAUAAAACAGAAUCUGUUUGAGGAUCAGCAGCAACAGCUUGAGGCUAAUGUUGAGAAACUUUCCAAGUUUUUAGAAGAGCCUUUUGAUCAGUACACUGCUGAUAAAGUGAUGGACAUUAGGAUUCAAGUCAUCAACUUGUCUGUCACGGUCGAUACCCUCUGCAAGAAAAUGUAUGAAUGCAUCGAGAAUGAAUUACUGGGCUCUCUCCAACUUGGCAUCCACAACAUCGCUCCUUACAAAUCGAAAGGCAUCGAGCGAGCAUCUGACUAUUAUACUUCUAGGAAUUCUAAGGCAGAUUGUGGUACGUACAAGCGGAAGAACGUCAAGGCUCGACCAAGGGAACUCUGAUGACACCAGUUGCUCUUCCAAGAAACGAGCCCGGAAAGAGGGAACCAUUGGAGGCAGCAACAGCUGCUAAGACGCUUUACUCAAUCCGAACUUGCCUGCUGAUGUCACAGACCGUAACUGAACUCUCUUGUAUACAGAUUAAACUUGGUUUUUUUUUUUUUGAGCUCAUGAAUAUUAUUUUCUAGUACAAUAUAUAAUAUAUAUAUCGGUAUACAGAUUAAACUUGGUUUUGUCUAAUUCCAUAUUGGCAAUGUCGUUUCCCCAAGAGAUUUUCAGAAAUGGAGA